AUGUGCCACAAUGUAUCAGAGUUCGACACAAACUCAGAUAAGCAAAAACUACCGAAUGGAACGAAAUCACGGGACCAACUGAUAAGCGGUCUCAAUUGGGGAACAAAUGGGGGCGCGAACCUUAGGACGGGCGAAGGCCGGAGGGGGGGCAGCGAGCCUGUUGUCGGGGACGGGCGCGGGGUGGAUUUGGGCACCACGCGCGUCGGGGCGGCGGUCGGGGGAGCGGCGCGGGAGAGGUCCCGGGCGAGGGCCCCGACCACGGGGGUGGCGCUGCGGUCGCGGAGCGCCAUGGGCCGCGACUGGGUGUGGCGGUCGAGGCCGGCGCCCAGGAUCUGUGGCACCCGGGGCGCCAGGUCCGGCGACUCCUUCGCCUCCCUCCCUGCCGCCGGCGCGUCCGUCUCCAUCUCGGGCGGCGCCGCCGCGUUCCGGCCUCUCUACUAGGGCCCGGAUCCAGU